AUGGCCCCUUGGCGCCUCCACCCUGAACUGCUCCUGGCAGUGGCCGCUCUUUUUGCUGCGUCUGCUGCUGCUGACUACACCCCUCGUGAUACAGCGUCCGUCUGCUCACCGAAGAGGAACUACACCGACGGCAGCCAGUACGAGAUCAACCUCGACCAACUCCUCCACGGCCUCCAUGACGGCGCGGUCGGGAAUGGCGGCUUCUUCGAGACCAGUCGCGGCAUUUACCCCGACAAGGUAUACGGCCAAGCCAUGUGCUACGCCGACUGUGAGUGGACAAAGUGCCAGCUCUGCUUGCAGGUGGCACCGUCCUACGUGAUGAUCAAAGGCUGUCCCUACAGUCGGCAGGCCGCCAUCAUGUACGACUGUUGCUACCAGCGCUACUCAGACAGGAAAUUCUCCGGCCACGCCGACUUGUUCGGCAAUGGGUUCGACUACAUAGACGGUAGGAGCUAUGCGGAUGCCAUGAACGAGACGAGGUGGAAGCUGGUAACCCAGCUCAUGGCCGAGGCCGCCGGGUCGGCACUGCGGUUCGCCACCGGUAGCCAGACAUACGUGGACUCGCAUGGCGAUUCCCAGGUGAUGUACGGCCUGGUGCAGUGCUCCAGAGACUUGUCGGCGACCGACUGCACCGACUGCCUUAAUAACAUCGCACAAGCGAGCAUGAUCCGGAACGCCACCAUUGCUAACUACAGAAGGUACGGCUGCUACAUCACCUACACACCCAAUGCUAUCGACAUCCGGUCAUCUGCAGGUCAACCUCCAAAUCUUUUGCUGAAUCUCAAUUUUCAGCCGUGGGUGUAUCAAGAAGACGACGAGGCCAUGGAGAACGAGUUCAUGAAAGGGACUGGACCUAGGCAAUUCCGCUACCGUGAGUUGGCAGCUGCGACCGACAACUUCUCGGAGGACAAGAAGUUUGGGGAAGGCGGGUUUGGCUCGGUGUACAGAGGGUUCUUGAAGGACUUGAGACUUGAGGUGGCUAUCAAGAGAGUGUCCAAGGGCUCCAAGCAGGGGAGGAAGGAGUACGCCUCUGAGGUGAGGGUCAUAAGCCGGCUUCGGCACCGUAACCUGGUGCAGAUCGUUGGCUGGUGCCACGCCAGAGAGCAGCUCCUCCUGGUCUAUGAGCUGAUGCCCAACAGCAGCCUCGACGUUCACCUUCACCGUGCAGACAAUGUGUUGUGGUGGCCAGUCAGGCAUAAGAUCCUGCUGGGGAUCGGCUCCGCGCUUCUCUACCUACAUGAGGAAUGGGAGCAGUGCGUUCUGCACAGGGACAUCAAGACGAGCAACGUGAUGUUGGACGCGUCAUUCAACGCUAAGCUUGGCGACUUCGGGCUCGCCAGGCUUGUCGACCACGAUAGAGGGUCGCACACGACGGAGCUCGCCGGCACGCUGGGGUACAUGGACCCAGAGUGCACCAUCACCGGGAGAUCCAGCACCGAGUCGGACGUCUACAGUUUCGGCGUCGUGCUGCUCGAGAUCGCGUGUGGACGGAGGCCCACCGCGGCUCGGCCGGACGGCACACUGAUCCACCUGGCGCAGCGGGUAUCAGAGUUGUAUGGCCAAGGGAGGAUCCUCGACGCAGCCGACGCACGGCUGGAUGGGAACUUCGACCCGCAGGAGAUGGAGCGCGUGCUAGCCGUCGGCCUCUGGUGCGCGUGCCACAACCGGGACCUAAGGCCGUCCAUAAGGCAGGCCAUCAACGUGCUACGGUUGGAGGUGCCGCUUCCCGACAGGAUUCCGCCGGUUGGCCAUGCGGCCGGCCCUCUUCCCAUGCCAGACUCUGAUACGGGUCACAGCUCUAGCACCAGCACUGCUCAACAGCCAAUAUAAUGGCAGUGUGGUGUGUGGGCUCGAUUGCAACGGCACGCUAGUUCUAGCCUGG